ACAGAGCUGGGCUUUCUUUACCAGUGGAUUGUGGAGGAUACACUGCCAGUCUCUUGUCUUCUGUUCACCAUGGCUUCUUCUGAUAUUCAGGUGAAGGAACUGGAGAACCAAGCCUCAGGCCAGGCGUUUGAGCUGAUUCUCAGCCCUUGGUCAAAAGAAUCUGUCUCUUUCCCCCUUUCCCCUCCAAAGAAGAAGAAUCUUUCCCUGGAGGAAAUUCAGAAGAAAUUGGAAGCUGCAGAAGAAAGACGCAAGUCCCAUGAAGCUGAAGUCUCGAAGCAGCUUGCUGAGAAACGAGAGCAUGAGAGAGAAGUGCUUCAGAAAGCUAUAGAAGAGAAUAAAAACUUCAGCAAAAUGGUGGAGAAAAAACUGACCCACAAGAUGGAAGCUAACAAAGAGAACCGAGAGGCACAAAUGGCUGCCCAAUUGGAGCGUUUGCUAGAGAAGGAUAAGCACGUAGAAGAGGUGCAGAAGAACAAAGAGUCCAAAGACCCUGCUGAUGAGACUGAAGCCGACUAA